ACGGUUCUGUAAGGUCGUAGAAUCGACAGUGUGAUCGUAAGAAUGAGGAUGUAUUGGGGAUUGUUGGUGGUGGCCCUGUGUGGUGGUGCGGCGGGUCAUACUAUGCACUUGGGGAAAUGUCCCGUGGUCGAGCCUAUGCCAGGAUUUGAAAUGAACAAGUUCCUCGGCGUGUGGUACGUCAUCCAGAAGACCUCCACCGGGUCCAGCUGCAUCACAUACAACUUCACCAGGACCUCGGAGCCCGGCACUUACGAGCUCGAGCAGGUCUCGCAGCAUCUCGUGUUGGGGCUUACGCCGCUGAAGCAUGACUACAGAUACACUGGCGUGCUGACCGUGCCCGACCCUGCGGUGCCAGCUCGGAUGAAAGUGCGCUUCCCACUUAGCGUGGCUGGCUCCGCGAGCUACGUGGUCCUCGCGACGGAUUACGAUACGUAUGCCGCCAUAUUUACAUGCCAAAGCAUCUUGUUCGGCCACCGACGGUCAGCCACCAUCCUCUCGCGUACCAAGGAGCUCGACAGGAUCUACGUUGAUAAGUUGCGCACCAAACUGUCCUCUUUCAACGUGAGCCCGUACGACUUGUCCAUCAUCUCGCAAUCCAACUGCCCAAAGCACGUCAACGGCACGACGGAAGGCGUCAACAUCAACAUCGAGCCCGACACAUUCUCGUCACAUAACAUCGGAGAAGCUGUUCGGAAGACUGGCGGCGUCAUAGCCGACGGCGUAGAAUACGUAGUAGAAGCCGGCAAGAAGGUGUACCACAAGGUGGCGAGCAGCAAGGAGGAUUUGACAGAGCCACCUGCCGGCGGGGCGAGGAACUAUGACGCCGACGCUGAGUGGAUGCCUUAAAGACGGGCUUAUAA